CUCCUCCGUCUGUGUCGCCCGGCGUGCCUCGCCUGCGUCUCUGUCGGUCGUGGCUCCCCUUUGUCUGUCUCUGUCCUCCGAAGCUCUGCGUGCGGCCUCCUCUCCUCUACGGGCAACUCUCCUCGCCGGUGGCCUGACCUCUGCAACCCCAGGUCCGCAGCCCGUCCAGGACUCUGCCUCUGCUUCUGCAGUCCGUUAACCAGCGAUCCAGAAGUUUGACCGGUUCUAUUACGGGUUUGGUUCUGAUAACUAUGGUUUGAGGCUCAAGCCUGUGUAGAAACUCGUUCCUCUUACCAUUCUCUAAUCAGAUUACCAAGAUAGUGUGUGUGUGGAGACCUAGCAUUCUACCAAAGAAGACAAGGGCCCCCAUCAUGAGGGAAGUGUUAAGGCAAUUCAGGAGGCUAGGGACUGUCCGGAGCUACGCAAAGCACCUUCGCAUUCCUGGAAUCAAGGAUACCAUUGCCGUCGCCUCUGGUAAAGGCGGUGUCGGAAAGUCUACUACUGCUGUUAAUUUAGCUGUAGCACUUGCAAGUAAAUGCCAACUGAAGGUUGGUUUGCUUGAUGCUGAUGUAUAUGGACCGAAUAUCCCCACUAUGAUGAACAUCAACAGAAAACCUGAUGUCACCGAAGAUAAGAAAAUGAUUCCCAUUGAAAAUUAUGGGAUCAAGUGUAUGUCAAUAGGAUUCCUUGUCGAGAAGUAUGCCCCAAUUGUAUGGAGAGGUCCCAUGGUAACAAAUGCUCUUGAGAAAAUGACAAGGGGAGUUGACUGGGGAAACCUUGAUGUUUUAGUGAUGGAUUUGCCUCCUGGAACUGGUGAUGUCCAGAUAGCUAUGUCUCAGAAUCUGCAAUUAUCAGGUGCACUGAUUGUUUCAACUCCUCAAGAUGUUGCAUUAAUGGAUGCCAGGAGGGGUGUAAAAAUGUUCAAUAAAGUUGAUGUUCCGAUUUUGGGAAUUGUAGAGAACAUGAGCUGCUUUAAGUGUCCACAUUGUGGUGAACCAUCGUAUAUAUUUGGUAAAGGAGGUGCUCCUAAGGCAGCCAGUGAAAUGGGGUUAGAAUUUUUAGGCGAGAUACCACUCGAAAUGGAAAUCAGAGAGGCGUGUGAUCAAGGGCACCCCAUAGUUUUGGCCGCCCCUGAUUCUGUGGUUUCCAGAGCGUAUGGCGAUUUAGCUGAAAAAGUUGUUCAGAAACUUAAGGAACAGCAGUUUAAACCAGAGAUUAUAUUAUGAUAUGCUGUCCUUCUUCACCGCAAGAUCUCUGUCAACCUGUGAGCGACAUUAUCUGGCACGCCCACGUUUUCAUUCAAGAAAGGAGCCCCUAGCCGUUCGUCAUGACAACUAAAAAAUGUGGCAUUUGACAAAUCUUACAAUGUGUUAAAAGUUUAAAGUUUUGAUGAGAUACAGGUUAGGCUUAUGAUUUAUAUUUUGUAGGUUCCACCAUCUCCAUGAAUAUUGUGAAAUUAGAUGUGAAUGUUUCUUUGACCUCACAUAACACAGGUGCUGUUUAAUUUAUCAUUUUUAUGUAAUUUUUCUGUAGAAGAAAAAUAAGCAGUUUUAUCACACUGUAAUGAUGAGGCUACAGAGUUUUGUUUGUUCACGAGUCUCUCUUGAUAAGCCAUUGCCUAUUUUGUCUGUUUUUGGUGAUUGGUUUUUUAUUUGAUGCAUUGUAGGAGAAUUGUCUUUAGCAUCAUCUUGUAAAGAGAAGGCAAUUAUGCCAUGGAUAUUCUUGACCUUA